GGGACAAGGAUGCUCCGGGGGUGGCUCUUUGCUUCCUCGCCUGCCCGGAGCUCGCAGGGGCUCGCCUGGAGGAUGUCUCACCCCCUCGGCACAGGUGCCGCUGCCGGGGCGAGUUCAGAGCAUGCUGCUGAGGGCCACCCCCAGGAGGUUCCUGGAGCAGCACCUUCUCUUCGUGGAGAGCGCAGAGCGGCAGCGCCCGGCUCGGGAAUCGCUCCCGAAUCCAUUCAUGACUGAGGAACCCCCGGCCGAGCCGGACCUGCCCCGCUCCAACCUGACCAACGCGACGGACUGCGGCGAGGAGAUCCUGCUCUAUGGGGACACCGAGAAGAUCGUCAUCGGGGCCGUGCUCUCCAUCAUCAUCCUCAUGACCAUCGCCGGCAACGGGCUCGUCAUCAUCUCCGUGUGCAUCGUCAAGAAGCUCCGCCAGCCCUCCAACUACCUGGUGGUGUCCCUGGCGGCCGCCGACCUGUCGGUGGCCUUCGCCGUCAUGCCCUUCGUCACCAUCACGGACCUGGUGGGGGGGGAGUGGCUCUUUGGGAAGGUGUUUUGCAACGUGUUCAUCGCCAUGGACGUCAUGUGCUGCACGGCCUCCAUCAUGACCUUGUGCAUCAUCAGCGUGGACAGGUACCUGGGCAUCACCCGCCCGCUGACCUACCCGGUGAGGCAGAACGGGAAGCUCAUGGCCAAGAUGGUCUUCAUCGUCUGGCUCCUCUCUGCCUCCAUCACCCUCCCCCCCCUCUUCGGCUGGGCCCAGAACGUCACGGUGGAGCGGGUGUGCCUCAUCAGCCAGGACUUCGGCUACACCGUGUACUCCACGGGCGUGGCCUUCUACAUCCCCAUGGCCGUCAUGCUCGUCAUGUACAGCCGCAUCUACAAGGCGGCCAAGGUGAGCGCCGAGAAGCACCGCUUCAUGAACCUCCCCAAGCACUACGAGGAGGAGGGGGUCUACUGCCUGGAGGCCUCCGGCCGCGGCCACCACAGCUCCCGGCGCACCAAGGCGGCGGAGGAGUGCGCCACGCUCUCCAAGCUGCUCCGGCAGGACAGGAAGAACAUCUCCAUCUUCAAGCGGGAGCAGAAGGCGGCCAGGACCCUCGGGAUUAUCGUGGGGGCCUUCACGUUCUGCUGGCUGCCCUUCUUCCUGAUGUCCACGGCCCGGCCGUUCAUCUGCGGCGUGCGCUGCAGCUGCAUCCCGCUGCGGCUGGAGAGGACUCUGCUCUGGCUGGGCUACGCCAACUCCCUCAUCAACCCCCUCAUCUACGCCUUCUUCAACAGGGACUUGAGGACUACUUUCUGGAACCUCCUGAGGUGCAGGUACAGGAACAUCAACAGGAGGCUCUCGGCCGCCAGCAUGCACGAGGCCCUGAAAGCCACAGAGAGGCACGAGUGCAUCCUGUAGGGCCGCGGCCUCUCUCCCAGUGCCUGACCAAGCGGCUCCUGCCUCUCCAUUUCAGGUUUCCUCGCUUCUCCUGCCCCUCCUGGGGGCCGGCAGAAACCAUUUGUGCCGUUGUUUCCCCCCGCCCUUCCCUGCCAGACAUCACUGAGCCCCUUCCCCUCGCCCUGUGAGGAGCCGCAGCUCUCCUCACCUCGGGAACAAGUGGAGGGAACUCCCCUUGGGAACAAGUGGAGGGAACUCCCCUUGGGAACAGCCCUUCCCUCUCAUCGUGCCCAAGGUGGGGGGUGAAAAGCCAUGAGCCAGACUCGGGGGGAGUUCAAGGUCUACCAACUGUGGGCAACUCACACCACCUUUCUGUGCCUCAGUUUCCCCAUCUGUUAUUUAAAAAUAAAAAAAAAUUUAAAAAAAAAAAAACAAGGCAAAGAAACCCUCCCAGCCAACCAAACAU